AUGGAUAAAUCUGUGGAAUAUCAAACAAAUAACGUUUUUUUAUCAAAUGACUUUGUAUCAAUUUCUUUAAAUCAAAUCGACGAUGCAGCAAAGAUGACUCAAACCAAUGAAGAUUUACUAACCAGUUAUGAAACUUUAUACACAAGUAUAAACCCUGCUGGGCUCUACACAAACUUUUUAGAAAAGACAGUUAAAACUACAAUAGAAAACGACCUUUUUUCGAGUCAAAAAUCAACCAACAACAAUUCCUCGAUGAAAUCGAACAACCUCUUGAGCAAUUAUGGUACAAUGGAAACGGCUGGAAAGUUUAGUACAAGUUGUUCCUUACUUAGGGAUUUUGACAUAAUUAACGUUUUAAAAACUGACUUGGUUUUGGAAACGGAGCCAUUAUUAAAAAGUUGUAAAGGUAGCUGUAAAGUUGACGUGGAAGAUGAGUCGAAAAUUGGAGAUUCAUCUUUUAAAAAAAUUGAUUCGUUGAAGGAACCGAGGGAUGAAUAUUUCUUUGCCAGGAUAACUGUCUUUCUUAGCGCCGUUGUAGGCAUGCUUCCUCUGGCGUUCUUUUUACAAGCUAAUGAUUAUUGGAUGUACAAAUUUCGUGACCCAAGAUCAGAUAAUUACGAUUUGAACAACAAGACGGAUCUACAAGCCAUGUUCGUAUCGACAGUAUCGGUCUGUACUACACUUCCCAACCUUCUGGGAAUAUUUUUGACCACCAGAUAUGGCCACAAGCUCAGCGUCAGAACCAGAUACCUGCUAACUUUGGUACCACAGAGUAUAAUAUUUCUAGUUUUUACCGCUGUGAUUAAAAUCAAUACUGAUCAAUGGCAAGAUUCAUUUUUUGUGCUAUGCUUAACUGUUAUUGGACUAUUGUCAUUUCUGCAACCGGUUUGCCUACUGACAACAAUUUGCCUUGUAUCAAAGUUUCCUCCAAUGUAUUUAAGAUAUAACAUGUUUGGUUCUGCUGUUGGAGGCCUGCUAGGAUCAGUUCUGCAAAUCUUGGCUUUGUCCAUAGGAGAUGAUUCCACUCAAGUGGCUCUAAUAUAUUUCUCUACUGGAACAGUAAUAAUAAUUGUCACAGCUCUCUUUGCCUAUGCCAUAAAAUACUCCCCUGUUUUCCAAUACUAUCUUGCCAAUGACCACGAAGAGAAAUCAAAGCCAGCGCGCAGUCUAAGACAAUAUUGGGAUGCUACAAAGACUGUAUGGUUCCUAGUAUUGAUGAUGGCGAUUAAUAUAGUUGGAGUGGGAUUCGGACAUCCUAAUAUAACGAGCUUGGUGGUCUCUGAAGGGUAUACUGGUACCGGAAAGAGCUUAUGGUAUGACAAAUACUUUGUGGUAACUGCAACAUUCCUCUUGUACCAAGUCUUUCAGCUAGUUGGACAAUUUUUUGGAAGACCUGCCAUAACAAAAUCCAACUAUCGCUGGUUUUUGUUAUUAACAGUUGCCAACACUUUUAUUGUUGCUCCGAUGUUUUGGUUUUGCAACGCACAACCCAGGAGUCAUUUACCAGUGCUUUUCCCUCAUGAUUAUCAGUACAUGAUCAUUUUGGCUGUAUAUAGCUCUGUGUCAGCUGCUUUAGUUAUAACUAUCUAUAUGAGUGUAGCAAACUUUGCCAAAGAAAAAACGGAGCUGUGCUUCCUGGUUAUUACGACAACUGUUACGCUUACUAUAACUGUCACCAGUCCUUUGAGUCCACUGUAUGUAAAGAUUUUAUAA